UUCAGUGGCAGACGCAGCUCAGUGACAUCAUCAGACAGUGCCUCUCACAACACAGGGCUGGCGGUUUGGUAGAGACUUAUUUGAACGGAGUCGGAAACGAGUGAUGAAGUAGUGGUGACAGUUACUGUGACACUUUAUUUAUUGGAAAUGACCACACCUAACAAAACCCCGCCUGGUGCUGAUCCUAAUCAGUUGAAAAGAACCGGCACUGUUCGUGAAAUUGGCUCACAGGCUGUCUGGUCUUUGUCUUCAUGUAAACCAGGGUUUGGAGUUGACCAAUUACGGGAUGACAAUCUAGAAACCUAUUGGCAGUCUGAUGGAUCUCAACCUCAUUUAGUGAACAUUCAGUUUCGAAGAAAGACGACCGUGAAAGCUUUAUGCAUUUAUGCAGAUUACAAGUCCGAUGAGAGCUACACACCAAGCAAAAUCUCAGUCAGGGUGGGAAAUAACUUUCACAAUCUCCAAGAAAUUCGACAACUUGAAUUGGUGGAACCCAGUGGUUGGAUUCAUGUCCCUUUGACUGAUGCUCAUAAAAAGCCGAUUCGCACUUUUAUGAUUCAGAUUGCUGUUUUGGCAAAUCAUCAAAAUGGGAGGGACACACACAUGAGACAGAUUAAAGUCUUUACACCAGUGGAAGAGAGUUCUAUCGGCAAAUUUCCAAGGUGCACAACCAUUGAUUUCAUGAUGCAUCGCUUCAUCAGAUGAUGACUUUAUCAUUUUCCAAUAAAUGAUUGAUAUAUAAUUUGCGCUUGACAGUUUUCAGAAAUGAAAUAUGUUUUGUUUUUACCUUAUAAAUAUGUUUUAAUGCAAAGUAUUGGACUAUCGUUUAUAAAUGUUUUAAGUAAUUUUAUUCGUUUUAUGGAGUAAAUGCCCAACAAUUUGAAAAUUGUAUUCUAUUUUAGCUGUAAUUUCUUAGCCUUUAUUUUGAUGCUUUUUUAUUUUUGUUUCUUGAUUAUUAUUUUUUAAAUAAAACAAUUGUUUACAUCUUCAUUAUUUAACAUUCAUUUUAUUUAACCUUAUUUAAUCAACAUUUGUGGUUCUAAAAAUAUCCUGCUACAGUUUCAGUUAAGACUUUUUGUAAAAAUGUAAUGCUUUUGAGUUAUAUACAGUCAUUUAACAGCCCAGACACCAGGCACCCAGGAUAUUCUAGCCUUAAAGAUAGGUAAGUGACUUUUCCUAGGCUGAGGAGGCAGUGAAUUAGUGUGGUGUUUCUCAACCACAGUCCUCAAGUAACCCUAACAUGCUAGGUUUUUAUUGUAGCUGAACUAGAGCUCAGGUGAGAACAGGUUAGUUACCAUGGUUACUGAUCAGCUGAUUAUUUCACCUGUGCUCUAGUUCAGCUGUUGAGGACAGCAUUUGAGAAACACUGUAUUAGUGUAUUUAAAUAUACAUGAAACCAAACAUUUUUCUUUCAUGAUUCAGAUAUAGAAAAUCAUUUUAAACAACAUUCCAUUGUACUUCUAUUAUCAAAUUGACUUCAUUUUCUUGGUAUCCUUGAAGGAGUUGAAGCAGUAGCAAUGUACUACUAGAAGCUAGUUAAAGGGACACUAUACCCAAACAUUUUCUUUCAUGAUUAAGGUAGAGAAUACAAUUUUAAACAACAUUCCAAUUUACUUCUAUUACCUAAUUUGUUUCAUUCUUUAGAUAUACUUUAAUGAAGAAAUAGCAAUGCACACAGUGAACCAAUCACAUGAGGCAUCUAUGUGCAGCUACCAAUCAGCAGCUACUAAGCAUAUCUAGAUAUGCUUUUCAGCAAAGAAUAUAAAGAGAAUGAAGCAAAAUAUAUAAUAGAAGUAAAUUCGAAAGUUGUUUAUAAUUGUAUGCUCUUUCUAAAUCAUGAAAGAAAAAAUUUGGAUUUCAUGUCCCUUUAAACACAUAAGAUGAGCCAAUUACAAGAGGCAUAUAUGUCCGGCCAUCAGUCAGCAUCUAGCUCCCAGUAGUGCAUGCUCCUGAGCCUACUUAGGUAUGCUUUUCAACAAAGCAUACAAAAGGAAUGAAGCACAUUUAAAAACUAAAGUAAAUUGGAAAAUUGCAUGCUCUAUCUGAAUCAUUAAAGUUUAAUUUGGACUUUACUGUCCCUUAAAAAAUAAUUAGAGUGCUUUGUAAUAAACCUGCUUGAUAUGAUGUAUUUAUGCAAUAGAUGCUUUUGAAGAAAAUUGUUAAUGUAAUGUCCCGUAUAUUCUAAUACAAUCGGAUUUGCAUUUUGAGGAUAACCAUUGUGCUGUUACGUAUUCUGAGAAUUUUGAAUCUGGUUGUGAUAAUUUGAAUGUUGAUUUUCUUAUUUUAUUAAAAGUAUUAAAGAGCCCCUGGGUUUAGAAAUGUUGGCUUUUACCUCCUUAAAUUGGUUUAAAAAUAAACCUAAUAUAUA